AUGCUGCUGCAAUACGGGUGUGAACUCACUGUCCUGGAUAAUGACACGGUUGCUGUUACAGAUUUGAAUAGACAGUUCUAUUAUAGAAAAAAUGAUAUUGGUCGACCCAAGGUAAAGGUACUGGAGGAAUAUUUGAGGCGACAUCAUGGGGUUAUAAUAGAGGUUAUCAACAAAGACGUGUUCGAUGUAACAGAAUUUAGUUACGAUCUUAUGUUUUGCUGCUUUGAUAAUAUCGAGUCACGUAUGCAACUCAAUUAUGUUGCUUAUACCAAUAAUGUGCCAAUGAUCGAUCUUGGGAUCGAAGGCUUACAGAUGCACGUAAAAAAGGUUGAUUUUGCGACGGAUCGUGCAUGUCUGUAUUGCAUGAAGGAUUUAUACAAAAACAAAACUGUCUUUAAUUACUGUUCUCUAAAGAACAUGAAUACGCGCAACAGAGAAGCAUGCAUUUACAGUAUGAGUUUAAAAUAUGAAUCGAUCAAUGAGGUGAUUGAACGUUUUAACGCAGUAAAUGAAUUAAAAACGGAUGAGUUUGAGGUCAGAGGAGUAACGGAGAAUAUUCUACCAAAUGCAUGCUAUAUUGCAUCUUUGUGUGCAUCCAUGGCAUGCAAAAUGAUUAAUGAACAAGAAUAUGAUUUCCUCUACUACAAUGGAUACGAAGCAAUUCAUUUUAGCACCACAAAGAUGGAUAUUGAUCCAACCUGCAUUUUAUGUAAUUUCAAGACACAGGAGCACAAAAAUAAUUAGCUCAAUAGACCUGCCAUUCUUUAAUAUUAAAUGUUGC